AUGACCUAUACAAAGUUCGCUUGCGUCGGCACCGGUGUCUCGGGAAUCGGGCUGGGUGCUUCGCUGAAGCGAUGGUACAACGAAGAAGACAUCGUCUACUUUGAGCGAAGCAGAUCCCCCUGUGGUACCUGGAACAUCAAUCAGUAUCCUGGUUAUUGUUAUGAACAUAUGCUAACUGUCAAAGGCUGUGCCUGUGACGUUCCCAGUGCAUUGUACAGUCUAUCGUACGAGCCAAAUACAGCAUGGUCUCGUGUGCUGCCUCGCAACAAUGAAAUCGAGAGCUACCUCCUGAAGGUUGCUAGGAAGUAUGGUCUCUUGUCGAAAAUGAAAUUUCGUAUGGAGGUCAAAGAAUGCGAGUGGAUAAACGAAAAGCGUCGAUGGCGCAUACACGCUACCAACCUCGACAACAACGAAGACGCUGUUCAUGAGUGCAGUAUUCUCUUUUCUGCCGCAGGACAACUUGUUUAUCCUCGGGAUCUUGAUGUCCCCGGCGCAGAAACUUUCCGUGGUGACAUGUUCCAUUCGGCAAGGUGGCGAACGGACGUAAGCCUCGAGAACAAGGAUGUUAUUGUCAUCGGUAAUGGCUGCACUGCUGCACAGAUCGUACCGGCGAUCGUUCAGCAGACACGAUCUCUGACCCAGAUGAUCCGUUCCAAGCACUGGAUCUUCGCGCCCAUAGACCAGCCUUACCCGAGGUGGCUCCGAUGGGCAUUCAAGCAUCUGCCACUUGUACUUUGGCUGCACAGACUUUCGAUCUUUUGUUACGCGGAGUGGGACUUCCAACUUUUCCCAAUGACCAAGAAAGCUGCUAGUAUGCGGGCAGCACGCCGAGUCACCGUAGAAAAGUACAUGCGUUCAGCAGCCCCCGCCAAGUACCAUGAUCUCUUGAUACCCGAUUUUGAUGUCGGAUGCAAGCGUCGCAUAUUCGAUUGUGGCUAUCUCGACAGCCUCCACGCAUCAAAUCUUACUUUGACAGAUCGGGAAGCAAUCGAAAUUGUUCCUGAGGGGAUACGGACCGCAGACGGCAUAAUCAAGGCUCAGGUGAUUGUCCUCGCAAAUGGCUUCCGCACGAACGAGUUCAUAUCCCCCAUGAUUGUGCACGGCCGUGACGGCAAAACAAUCACCGAGCACUGGGCUGAGAUGGGUGGUCCAGAGGCUUACAACUGCUCAGUCAUGAACGGCUUCCCCAACUUUUUCAUGGUCCUGGGCCCUAAUGCAGCGACAGGCCAUACUUCAGCGAUCAUGGCAUCAGAAAAUACGAUCAAUUACGCUCUCAGAAUUUUGAAGCCUUUCAUGGAUGGUAAAACAGAUGUUGUUGAGAUCAAGGCGGAAGCAGAACGAGAUUACGCAUUGAAGAUGCAAGAAGAUCUGGGCCACACCGUUUGGAAUUCGGGUUGCCAGAGUUGGUAUGUCAAGAGGGAUGCCGAAGGAGGUGCUGGCUGGAACGCUAUGAGCUAUCCGUAUUCGCAAGCCCAUUUCUGGUAUCGCAGCCUCUUUCCGGUGUGGAAGGAUUGGGGUCUUAAGGUCAGUUUGCUCUGCAAUUGUCUGAGGAAGUACUGA